AUGCCCUUGAGCAUAUUACCGUCUGCUCCCGCCUCUCCUCCUACACCCGCUCCCUCGCCCACGCCUUAUCAACGAGCUCCUAGUUGGACCUCUGCAGGCGAAAAUGAAGACUCCUUUCUCCGGGACGCCAGGGGCCAUUUUUCCAAUCUGAACGCUGCAGAACGAGAGAGAUAUCUGGCUGAGUUGCUCAACAUGUGCGACAGCCACCUGCUUUCCUUUGUUCACAAUUUUGUGUCUCCCAGACUGAAGAAAGACCCGUUUGAGCAUCUUCCAGACGAGCUCUGCUUAAGGGUAUUAUCAUAUAUCGAUGAUCCUCUUAGCCUGGCGCGAGCCUCCCAGGUUUCACACCGAUGGCACAAACUCUUGAACGACGAUAUGCUCUGGAAGAUAAUGUGCGAUAAGCACGCCUGGCGAAGAACGUCGUCCGUAGGCCCGAGUGAUGACCUGGACUCGCCAUCCCCCUCUCAAGCAAGCCAAGGCCCGUAUGCGUUCAAUAGCCGAUCUCCCAAACGGAGCCUCGACGGUUCUCUAAUCGGCCCUUCAAGCAGUGCACCGAACCUGACGCUACCUAAACAAGAUGCCCUGUCGACCAGCCCUCGUGCUAGGAAGCGAGUGUCACAGUCGCAUUAUUCUCAUUUCCGGCACAAAUACAUGAUUGAGGCUGCUUGGAGGAAAGGUGGUGAAAGCGUCAUCAAGCAUAUAACUCCAGAUCAAGGAGUGGUCACCAGCCUACAUCUGACGGACAAAUAUAUCGUGGUGGCUAUGGACAAUGCCAAAAUUCAUGUCUUCAAUACAAUGGGUGAACAUCAGAAAACACUGAAAGGUCACGUCAUGGGCGUCUGGGCGAUGGUACCUUGGGACGAUAUUCUAGUAUCUGGGGGCUGCGAUCGUGAUGUGAGGGUAUGGGAUAUGAAGACAGGCAGAAGCAUUCACGUAUUGAGAGGCCACACUUCGACGGUCAGGUGUCUAAAAAUGUCCGAUGCCAACACGGCCAUUUCCGGUUCCAGAGACACGACAUUGCGAAUAUGGGAUCUACAGUCUGGGGUCUGCAAGAAUGUGCUGGUAGGCCACCAAGCCAGCGUCCGUUGCUUGGCCAUCCAUGGCGACCUUGUCAUUUCUGGGUCAUACGACACCACGGCUCGAGUUUGGAGCAUAUCUGAAGGCCGCUGUCUUCGAACACUUACGGGUCAUUUCAGCCAAAUUUACGCCAUCGCUUUCGAUGGUAACCGCUGCGCCACUGGCUCGCUUGAUACCAGCGUGAGGAUAUGGGAUCCGAAGACCGGUAUGUGCACCGCCAUUUUGCAGGGCCACACCUCCCUGGUGGGGCAGCUGCAGCUUCGCGGUGACACUCUUGUUACAGGUGGCUCCGAUGGAUCCGUUCGUGUUUGGUCGUUAAAAACUAACUCGCCUAUCCAUCGUCUGGCUGCACACGAUAAUAGUGUUACGAGUUUGCAGUUUGAUGACAACCGAAUUUUGAGCGGUGGCAGCGACGGACGUGUCAAAGUCUGGAGUGUCGAAACUGGUCAACUUGUUCGCGAGCUUAGUCAACCCGCUGAGGCUGUAUGGAGAGUGGCUUUCGAAGAGGAAAAGGCCGUCAUUAUGGCGAGCCGAUCAAACCGGACUGUUAUGGAGGUGUGGUCUUUUUCACCGCCAGAUGACCCAGUGGAUCGACGGUCGGAGAGCCCUCUGAGCAUGCCUGAACAAGUACCACCGGCCGAUGAUGAAGACGAGCCGACUCAAUUCCACCACGAAAUCGGUGAUGUUGACGCGACCAUGAGCGACGUUUAG